UAAGAAAUAGAGAACCGCAGCAACGAAUUCUCUGAGUUGAAUUCGGCACAUGUUGUAAUUCCUUCCAUUCUGGGAAACGGAUACUCACUCCUCUCCCUCCUGCUUUAUUAUCUUUACUCUUCCUCCAUGCUUUUCACCCUCUCUACUUUUUCUUUCUCCCCCCGCACUUCUUCUCCUCCGCCGAACCUCUCCCCGGUUGACUUCUCCCUUUGCCGUCGUUCCUUUUCCCGGCGAUACUCCGCCAUGCCUUCUGGUGACAGCUUCAUCACCCCUCCCUUUGAACUCACCACCGAGACCGACUUUGAUCGCAUCGUCUCCUCCGAUGGACUCGUCUCCAUUUGCGGCUUCGGCUCCCUCCUCUCAGAGAGGAGUGCUCGGAGUACAUUCCCCGGUCUGAUCAGCUUCAGAGUGGCCAAAUUGAGCGGAUUCCGGAGGGUUUUUGCUCAUGUAGCGCCUAUCUUCUUCGAGCGCGGCAUAGCUAAACCAGAAACCAAGGAAAUAUCAAGCCUGAGUGUGGAGCCUUGUGAAGGUGAAACCCUUAUAAUUUCUGCUUUCGAAAUUCCAAAAUCUGAGAUACCGGCAUUCAUUGAGAGGGAGCAUGAAUUUCGGUUUCUUGCUGUCAUCCCUGAAACAUUGAAUGGAUUAUAUUAUACAAAUUACGCAGUACUGUGUGCACGUUAUACAGAUGAGGAGUAUUUUAAGGAGAGAUGUAAAGGAGACCGUGAGACAUUGUUUGAGCGAUACGGCCAAUAUAACAUUGAUAGGAUCUGGCGAGAUGAUAUUUUACCCUGCCGUGCUUAUCUACGCCACUGUGUCCUGGCAGCGGAAAAUCUCGGUGAGGUAGCAUCCAAUAAUUUUAUGGAUCAUACGUACCUUGGAGACCGGAAAACAACCAUUCGUGAUUAUCUAGCAACAACUGGUUCGGGCAUCAUGGAAGAGCAGCUGCCUGGCCUUCUAAGAGAGAGAUAUGGUGGUUAACAUCAUGGCUAUCAAGUGUGCCUGUUUGGUAUGGCCGUAUGAGUAGUUGAAUUCGCUUAACUUUAGGUGUUUCCGUAAGGAUAUAUGUUUGGUAAAACUAAUUUCAGCCAAAUGAGUAAGCCAAAAGCUAUUCUGUUUAUUCUGUUGAUCAUAGUAAGCGUGAUCAGGCUAACUAACAGGCUCAUAGUAUUUGUUGACUACUGGUUCUUUUCUUUAAAUCAGUCGUCUCAUCGUUCAUUGGUCAUUGACAGUCAAUGUAUGGUUAAUAUCUAUUUCUUCGUUUCAGCUAAGAUGUUUUUUUUCUAUCGAUCUACAGUAGAGCGGUAAGAAGUUGUAUACGUCAUCUCCAUAUUCAGUUGUAGUUGUGACAUAAUCUUUUUGAAACUGGAGGUCGCUACACUUGAAGAAACUGCAAUAUGCAGGCUACUUGGUUAAAUUUUGUUGGUACAUAAUGGUCCAUGUUGCUGCAUAUUUGUCAUAUUGUGGGCUCCUAGUGUAGAGUUCAAGUGCUGAUAAAUCUUGAUUGUUCAAGUCAGUAGUAUAAAAACACGAAACAAGAAAUGUAGUAAGUGGCAUUUUAAAAACAUAGAACAUGAAACGUGCAAGAGGCAGGCCACUAUAAACCAACAGCUUAGGAGAGAAUAUGAAGCCAAAUAAGAACGAAUGCAAAUAUACAGGGAUGUAGCACUGGUGCUCAUUAAGAAUUUUGAGCAAUCCGACCUGAUAUGUGUCCCAUAAGCCCAAAAUGGAGAAGCAAACACCUUGUCAAAGUUGACACAAGAUGCACCCGAGCAUCUCACUCGCAUUGUUAGGAUACAAGAGCGGGAUAAGCCAAUCAUAGAGACAAUGAAAGGGCAAGAAGAGCUACCUAUUGGGCCAGCCGCCAGCACCAUGUUGUUGGAUUGAUGACCUGGUGAGAUAUAAGGAGGAUGGAAUGCUACCAAACGACAAAGAAAAGCAAGGGUGAUCAGAAGACGAGCUCCAUGCUACGUGAUUCGAGACAGAAUGCUUUACAAGCAAAGUUAUAAUGGUGUGCUAUUAAAAUGCCUAAGGCAUGAUCAAGCCGAACAAGUGGUGGUGUGAGAUAUACAUUAUGGAGGGCCUUUGGUGAUAACUUCAUUAAUGAAUCUUGUGCAUUUACAUCCACGUCAUGGAGGCAAUGCUACUUGUUUGUCAAGAUUGUUAAAUCAAUCAACAAUGAAUUUGAAUAGAUUUUUUGUUUUGUUUUGUUUCCAGAGCUCAAGCAUUAUACAGUAUAUAAGAAAUAAAUUUUAAUUUUCUAGCAACAAAUGAG